AUGGAACGUUGCAAAGCAUGUGGAAAAGAUGGAUAUUUAGAAGGACCAUGUAAUUGUAUAACUAGAAAAUGCAAAAGAUGUAAUCGUUUUAGAAGACAUAAAGACAAUAAUUCUCUAUGCUUUGAUUGCGAAAAUCGUUUACCACCACAAAUUUUAAGUGGAAAUAAUGCGGUUGACAAACUUAUCAAGAAAGCGAAACUCAGCAAUAAAUAUACCAUAGAAUUCGUUCCAUAUGAACAAUUUACUGACAUUACUUAUCUUGGAAAGGGAGGAUUUAGCACCGUAUAUAAAGCAACAUGGCCUAAUGGUCCUUUAAGUUGGGUUGGACCAAAUCAUUAUAAUCGUCAUUUAAAUAAUAAAGAAGUUGUCCUUAAAAAUAUCGAUGACUCAAACGAUGCUGUGCCCGGAUUUUUAAAUGAGGUUGAAAAUUACUUUAAAUGCAUGAAUGCCGAAAAGUUCAGACAGCAUUUACAUAAUUAUCUUUCAAAGAAUUUUAAAGAUUUGCCUUCAAAAAUGAAGGGUGAAAUAUUAUCAAAAAUAAUAAAAGGGUUGGAAGCAAUUUAUAGUGCAAAUCUUAUUCAUCGGGAUUUUCAUAGUGGUCGUGCGCAAUCUCAAAAUUCAGAACAUUGA